AUGGUUCGAAUCACAGCUCUAAUGAGCGGAUCCAUCCUUCUUUUUGCUCUUCAGGCUUUAGCUAUGCCUGUAGAAACGACAUCUGUUGAGCCUGCCGCGGAGAAGCGCGGUCUUAAACUCGCCUUCAAGCGUGGAGAAGAGGUUGAGCCUGCCGAGGAGAAGCGCG